GCGGCGGCUCCCGGGCGAAGGCAGCCGCAGUCCCCGGGCAGAGGCCGCCGCCGGCCGGCUCCUCCCCGCGCCGCGCCCCGCCGCUGCCGCCGCGCCCGCCCCGCCUGAGCCCAGCGCCACGGCCGCUCCAGCCAUGCGGCUCUGGGUGCUCCUCAGCCUGUUGCUGCUGCAGGAGACGCUGCCACACGGCAGCUGGGCAUCCCUGUUGUCUCUAGCAGUUACUGGACAGCCUGCGAAGAGUAAGCAUCCAAAAGAACCUGGGGAAAACAAAAUUAAGCCUGUUAACAAAAAGGUAAAACCCAGAACCCCCAAAAUGAAGGAGAGAGAACCUGCUGACUCCUCUUUGAAGUCCCAGUCCAUACUGACACAGGUGAUGGAUAAAGGUCGUUUCCAGAAACUAGCUGCCACUUUAAGCCUGUCUGCAGGACAAAGCAUAGAAUUGCGAUGUAAGGGGAGUAAUGUUACUUGGAACUAUCCUUCGUACUUGGACACCUUUAAAGACUCCAGACUCAGUAUAAAGCAGCUUGACAGGUAUGGUCAGCUGAUCCUUGCAAACUCCACUGCAGCAGACACAGGUGAAUAUAGCUGCUGGCUUCAGCUGUGCAAUGGUAACAAAUGCAGGAAGGAUGAGACUAAAACAGGUUCAACGUACAUCUUUUUCACAGAUAAAGAGGAACUUUUUGUACCUACUCCCAGUUAUUUUGAAAUUGUUUACCUGAACCCAGAUAGGCCUGCAGUCAUCCCAUGCCGCGUUACUACUCCUUCAGCAAAAGUAACUCUACACAGGGAGUUUCCAGCAGAAGAAAUUGAAACAGAUGGAACCGAUAUUAUUUAUGAUGUGAAGAAGGGUUUUGUCUACCAGCACCCUACUUCUGAUCAUAAAGGUAUAGUCUACUGCAAAGCAGAGUCACAGGGAGCACCUCAGAUUUCCAUCAAGUAUCACCUACUGUAUGUGGAAGUUCCCAAGGGCCCACCCUCAACCACAAUUGCAGCAUCAUCCAAUAGAGCAGAAGUCAGUGACAGCGUUCAUGUGGUCUGCACCGUUCUUGGGGAGCCAGAUGUAGAUGUGAACUUCAGGUGGCAGUACCCACGGCAAGAGUCUGAGAGGCCUGUGAUUAUCCAAAACUUCUGGAGACUGAUAAACAGAGGAACUGGACAUACCACAAGAAUCUCAAAGAGUGUUCUUGUUGUUGAGGAUUUUGAAGCUGGAGAUGCUGGAAACUACAUUUGUAUAGCUCAGAACCUACAAGGAGAAACAACAGUAGCUACUCAAGUGGAACUAAAUUGAUAGGAAAGGUUUGUGGACAUAGAAUGAACGGUAUGUUGUUUGACAUUAUAGCCAUUUAUUUUCUUUAUUAAUGUUUAACUGUAGCUUGCUUUAUCACUGUCUCUCUUCAUAUGUCAACGCAUUCCCUAUUCACUAGCUGGACAGGCCAGAAUGGAGGUCCCUAUGCCCAGCAGUAGUCAGUGCAGUUAAUAAAACUACUAUGAAGUAUUAAAGUUUAAGCCUGAACAUGCACUUAGUAUCUUUAGGAAUAGGUGCUCUUGGGCUUUCCUUUGCAUACAAUCUCUUUUCCUCAGACUCUACUCUUUCAUAAGGUUAACCUGCGGUAUGGUUUUGCUUUUUGUGUGAGAACUGAGAAGAUACUCAAUAUCCCUCAAAAUUCACCAAGCAGGUGUAUCUGUUCUGGUGCUGUGCAAUUUUAAAGUUGCUGUUUAAAACAGCAGCAAAACAACAACAAAAAAACCACAAAAUAACCUUGUUCCAGAAUUACCCAAUAGCAAAUGUUUAUUUAUGCAAGAAUAAUUAAAUUUCUGAACAUUAUGAAAAUAUAAACAUGUAUGUGCA